AUGACAGUCACCUCCAAUAAAUUCUUCUUCAGAGGGGAUUCGUCGCUGUUUUGCAGACAUCGCACCUCCCUUGUGCCAAUCCGCCACAAGCCACCUUCCCCUCUCCUACUCCCUUCGUUCUCCCCUCUUCUCCCAUUCCCACUGCAGCUCCCGCGCAUCCUGUCCCACUCGAUCUCCAGCCUCUCCUCCCUCCACCAUGAACCCCAUUCUCCCACCGCUUCAUCCUCCUCUCCUCAGCUCGCAUCCGCUGUUGCGCCAUCCACGCUGCCAUCCACGCUCACCAUAUCGUCUCCAUGCUCCUCCCCCGUGCCACCCAGCCACUCUCCCUCGUCCCAUCCGCCUCCAGCGUUCCCUCCACACCCUCCAUCUCAUUUCAGCAGCGUCUCGCGUAUACUCGCUAGCCGAACUUUUUCCCAUCGCCUACGCACCACGGUAUAUAGCCAAACGACCCUCCAUCGGUCCUUUUCCAAUCUCCCGGAUAGCACCGUGUAUGGCGGGCCGAAGCCCGAGGCGGGGCGGCAGCGGGUGAGGCUGCAGCAGGUGGGGAGCAAGUACCGGCGGGGCGAACCCAUCGUCAUGGUCACGGCCUAUGACUACCCCUCGGCUGUGCAUGUGGACAUGGCGGACAUAGACAUCUGCCUCGUGGGCGAUUCAGCAGCCAUGGUGGUGCAUGGGUAUGACACCACGCUGCCAAUCACACUUGAAGACAUGCUGCUGCACUGCAGGGCGGUGGCACGGGGGGCCUCUCGGCCAUUGCUUGUUGGCGACCUUCCCUUCGGCACAUACGAGCAAAGCCCACAGCAGGCAGUGGAGAGUGCAGUGCGGCUGUUAAAGGAGGGUAACAUGGACGCGGUCAAGAUAGAGGGGGGCAUACCAGCGCGGGUGGCGGCAGCGCUUGCGGUAUCUGAGGCGGGUAUAGCUGUGAUGGGCCACGUGGGGCUCACUCCGCAGGCCAUCAGCUCACUGGGAGGCUUCCGUCCCCAGGGCAGAUCCGCUGCCAGUGCCCUCAAGGUGGUACAGCACGCACAAGCAUUACAAGAGGCAGGCUGCUUCGCAGUGGUUCUUGAGUGCAUGCCAGCAGUGGUGGCAGCAGCAGUCACAGCCGCUGUUGACAUUCCCACCAUCGGCAUCGGUGCAGGGCCACUCUGCAGUGGGCAGGUGCUUGUAUACCAUGACCUUCUGGGGAUGAUUCAACAUCCACACCAUGCCAAG